AUGUUUGGCGUGAGGGGGGUAGGCUUCCCUGAGGUUCCUGUUCUUGUGCACGGGCGGCCAACAGCUGGCCCUUCUUCUAGGUCUACCUCUCUCCAAUCGUCACGUUUGUUCACAGCCACACGUGUUGAACUUGGCAGAGAUAGCAGACAUUUCAAAAGUUUACCAACUUCUCUUCUUGUAAUCUGUUCAUUUUUCUUUCUUCUUCAAGAAAAAUUCAACCUUUUUUUCUUCUUUUUUCCAUCUCCUCUAUCGCCGUUCUUCUUCUUCUUCUUCUUCUUCUUCUUCUUCUUUUUCUUCUUCUUCUUCUUCUUCUUCUUCUUCUUCUUCUCCUUCUUUCGACUACUACGUUUCAUCCUCAUCUCUUUGCUUUUCUUUUUUUUUCAACCUCCUUUCUUCUUCUUUUUCUUCUUCCUCCUCCUCCUUCUCAUCUUCUCUUUGCACUUCUUUUUUCAACCUCUCCUUUUACUUUCUCCUCGUACUUUCUUCUGUUUUUCCGCCAUUUUUCUUCAUGUGCCAAUUUAUUCCUCUUCUUCUUCUUUUUUUUCUUCUUCUUCUUCUUCUUCUUUCGACUACUACGUCUCAUCCUCAUCUAGCUUGGACUUUUUCUUUUCUUUUUCUUUCUGCUUCUUUCUUCUUCUUCUUUUUUUCCCCAUUUAUUGUUUUUCAUCCUCUCCUUUUCCCUUUUCUUCUAUACUUCUUUCAGAAUUUCUUCAUUUCCUUCUUUUGAGAAACCCCUCUUUCAUCGUCCUUCGCCUUUUCCUUUAUCCCCCCCCCACCUUAUCUCAUUCGUAUAUCCUCUCCUUUUUCUCCUUUUCUACCUUUUCUUGUCCCCCAUUUCAUUUUGUGCACUCCUCCUUCCUAAUCGGAUUUUUCUUCUUUAUCUUACACAAUAUCGUUAUUCCUUUUUAUUUUUCUUUCUUUUUUGUGUUCAUUUAUUUAAUCCUUUAUUUUUGCCUUUGA